UCAAAGUGUUCGGUAGGCUUUGCAGGGGGAAGUGCCAUUCAUAGGACAACUGUUGACAAAUCCAAUUGGUUUUAAAAAAUCAAAAAGGAAACGGUUGAACUUUUUCGUACUUUUAGUUUUUUUUUUUUAAUCUUAAAAAUGGUGCAAAUAAUGAAGAGAGAGAGAGAGAGAGAGAGAGAGAGAGAGAGAGAACUAGGCUAGCAUUAUGAAUCAAGAAUCAUUGCUUUGACGUAGCUAGCUAUAAAAUAGAGGCAUAUAUGAAAAGGGUUUCAUUUGUCAGAUUUUGGGUUUUGAUUUUUGGAAAGGAUUAUUGAUAUGGAAGGUGGUGGUGGUGGUGGUGGUGGUGGUGCUGAUGUGAAUACGCCAUUGUUGUCAAAUGAAUCUAAAAGUGGCAACCUCCAGCAGAAUGAUGGAAAGAGAAGAAGAAGACAUAACUCUGUCACUUAUUUAAAAUGUGAUUUCAUUUCCAAUUUGCCUGACAAGGUUAGAGCUGGGCUCGAUCCUGAGUGUCCUUUCAAGCUUGACAUUUCUAAGACCAGGGGCUUGAUUCAAGGAGAGAAGGAAUACUAUCAGAAACAGUUUGCAACCCUGAAAUCUUUUGAGGAAGUUGACUCUCCAGAAUCACAUGUCAUCAAUGAAGAGCAAGAAAAUGAAGAAGAGGUCCAGCAUGAAAGAGCAAUGAAAAUUUCUAAUUGGGCAAAUAUCCUUUUGCUUGCUUUUAAGAUAUAUGCGACUGUAAGGAGUGGGUCUUUAGCAAUUGCAGCAUCAACACUAGAUUCUUUGUUGGAUCUCAUGGCUGGUGGUAUUCUAUGGUUCACACACUUGUCAAUGAAAAGCAUAAAUAUCUACAAGUAUCCCAUUGGAAAACUGAGGGUCCAACCAGUAGGCAUCAUCAUCUUUGCUGCUAUCAUGGCUACUCUUGGUUUCCAAGUGCUGGUCCAGGCAGUAGAACAACUGAUUCAGAACAAUCCUUCUGAAAAGAUGAAUUCAGAGCAAUUGAUUUGGUUGUAUACAAUCAUGCUAACAGCCACCGUAGUAAAACUUAUCUUAUGGCUUUACUGUAGAAGUUCAGGGAAUGAUAUUGUCCGUGCAUAUGCAAAGGAUCAUUUUUUCGACGUGGUAACCAAUGUAAUUGGCUUGGUAGCUGCUGUUCUCGGUGAUAAAUUCUAUUGGUGGAUAGAUCCAGCUGGUGCUCUUCUCCUUGCAGUUUAUACAAUUUCUAAUUGGUCAGGCACAGUACUGGAAAAUGCAGUUUCAUUGGUCGGACAGUCAGCUCCUCCUGAGGUCCUGCAAAAACUCACGUACCUUGUCCUCAGGCACCACCUUCAAAUCAAAAGAGUAGACACAGUUCGUGCCUAUACGUUUGGUGUUCUUUAUUUUGUUGAGGUUGAUAUUGAACUGCCAGAAGACUUGCCACUCAGGGAAGCACACGCAAUUGGAGAAUCAUUGCAAAUAAAGAUUGAAGAACUCCCUGAAGUAGAGAGGGCAUUCGUUCACCUUGAUUACGAGUGCAACCACAAGCCUGAGCAUUCUGUUCUUAAUAGACUCCCCAAUAACCUUGAUUGAUUUCUGAAGUUUCCUGUGUGCUGUAUUUUCUUGUCAUGUGUCAAAAAACCGUAAUCUUGAUCUUUUGCAGAAGCAACGUUUUGGGAGAUUCUUAACUAGGCUUGGUAUCAAAACCGCAAUUAAUUUUAGAGUAACACGUAUCUAUGAGUAAUUUAUAUUUUGAUAUUGGAUGAUUGACGUAUAAUCUAUUAUUUAAUACUAAUAAAUAUGUAUCAAUCAUCUAUUGGUUUGGUGUA